GUGUUUCUGUAAACAAGAUGGCUCCUGAGGCAUAUGGUGUUGAUGAUCUUGUUCACAGUGUGACCUUAUAUACAUCACGUCGGCUUUUGUUUCAUGGAUAUGUUGGGCCUUUUGUUAUCUUAUAUUUAUUAUGGUUUUACAUUUGGGCAUUUCAGUAUGGAGUUUCAGAGUAUUUUGAAGCCGGUAUGAUAGCUGUGGCUAUUAUUGGAAUUUUCCAAAUUCUGACUUGUUUGUUUUGUCAUUGGUCUGUUCAUAUUCAGUGCUUAUUAUCAUGCAACAAAGUGAAAACCAUUAUGCAAGCCUGUUAUGUGAAAGUUGUUCCUACUCCUAACAAUGGUUCACCAGAAAUAGUUAGACUGCAUCAGUCUAAAGAUGAAGAAGGUAUGAAUUACUGGUUCAAGUUUCAGAAAACAAAAUAUGUAUAUAAUAAUGAUAAGAAGCGUUUUGAAGGAUUGAAUUUUCCAGAUAAUCUUCCUUUUAAAUUUUAUCAAGAAUGGAAAGGAUUUGCUGAUGAACUAGAGUUAAAGACUGCUGAAAAUAAAUAUGGAAAAAAUGAAUUGGAAAUGGUUGUUCCAGAAUUCAUGGAACUAUUUAAAGAAAGAGCUACUGCACCAUUUUUUGUUUUCCAAGUUUUCUGUGUUGGUUUAUGGUGUCUUGAUGAGUACUGGUACUAUAGUGUAUUUACUUUAACAAUGCUUAUUGCAUUUGAAUGUACACUUGUGCAGCAACAACUACGUAAUCUUUCUGAAAUUCGAAAGAUGGGAAAUAAACCAUAUGGAAUACAGGUAUAUAGAAAUAGAAAAUGGAGACCUAUUCCUAGUUGUGAUUUGAUCCCCGGUGAUAUUGUAUCCAUAGGUAGAUCUCAUAAUGAUAAUUUAGUACCCUGUGAUUUGCUUCUUCUCCGUGGACCAUGCAUAGUAGAUGAAUCGAUGUUGACAGGAGAGUCGGUUCCUCAGAUGAAGGAGCCAGUUGAAGAAUUGAACCCUAGCGAUGGUUUAGAUUCAGAGCAACAUGGCCGUUUACAUAUUUUAUUUGGUGGAACCAAGGUUCUUCAGCAUUCUCCUCCUGGAAAAACUAGUCCAGGUUUAAAAGCUGCUGACAAUGGUUGUGUUGCUUACGUAUUGAGAACAAGCUUCAAUACAUCUCAAGGAAAAUUAUUGAGAACUAUUCUUUUUGGUGUCAAAAGAGUUACAGCAAAUAAUUUGGAGACAUUUUGUUUCAUUCUGUUCUUGCUUGUGUUUGCAAUUGCUGCCUCUGCAUAUGUUUGGAUUAAAGGAACUGAAGAUCCCAAUAGGAACAGAUACAAAUUAUUUUUAGAAUGUGCUUUGAUACUAACUUCUGUUGUGCCUCCUGAACUUCCAAUCGAGCUUUCUCUUGCAGUAAAUACUUCUUUGCUAGCACUCUCAAAACUUUAUGUGUAUUGUACUGAGCCUUUCCGUAUUCCAUUUGCUGGGAAAGUGGAAAUCUGUUGUUUUGAUAAAACUGGUACGCUUACAAGCGACAACUUAGUUGUGGAAGGUGUUGCAGGCUUAACUGAUAAAGAAAAGGUUUGUGCUGUAACAGACAUACCUUUAGAAAGCCUUCAAGUGCUUGCUACUUGUCAUUCACUUGUGCAGUUAGAUGAUGGCAUUGUGGGAGAUCCCUUAGAGAAAGCUACUUUGACAGCUGUGGAAUGGAACUUGACAAAAGGUGAUGCUGUAGUUCCAAGAAAAGGUAAAAUGUCUGGGCUCAAAAUAUUCCAUCGCUUUCAUUUCUCCAGUGCUCUGAAACGAAUGUCUGUGAUAGCUGGUUUUAAUCCUACUGGCACGUCUGAUACUUCGUACAUCGUUGCUGUUAAAGGAGCUCCUGAAAUUUUAAAAGCAAUGUUUGUUUCAGUGCCAGAAAAUUAUGACAAGACUUAUACAGAAAUGUCAAGGCGUGGUGCUCGUGUGUUAGCUUUAGGGAGAAGAGAAUUAGGAAUUCUAACUCAUCAAGCGGUGAGAACUUUAACUCGAGAAGAUAUAGAAAAGGAAUUAACAUUUGUUGGAUUUGUGAUAAUUUCUUGCCCUUUGAAAUCUGAUUCAAAAGCUGUUAUUAGGGAAAUUCAAGCAGCUAGUCAUCAUGUGGUUAUGAUUACUGGAGAUGCUCCACUUACCGCAUGUCAUGUAGCUAGAGAACUGAACUUUACUAGCCAUAGCAAGACAUUGAUACUAACAUGUCAAACAACUAAACAAGAUAAUGAAUGGAGCUGGAUAGCAAUUGAUGAAAGUGUAACUUUGCCAGAUAUUCCAGAUGAAGGGGCAGACGUCUUGCUUAAAAAAUAUGAUUUGUGCAUGACUGGUGAGGGAAUGACAUACUUGUCCGCUAAAAAUAAAAAGUUUUUGAAAGAGCUUUUACCACACAUCAGAAUAUUUGCUAGAGUAGCACCCAAGCAAAAGGAAAAUGUCAUUACUGAAUUAAAAAGCCUUGGUCUGACUACUCUCAUGUGUGGUGAUGGAACAAAUGAUGUUGGUGCUCUAAAGCAUGCCCAAGUUGGUGUAGCUAUUUUAUCUGGCGCCCCUGAAAGACCCCAUUUGAAACCAAGACGUGUGAAGGAAGAAGAUUUAUCUGAAAAAGAUCAUCCAAACAAUGUAAUGAUGUCAAAACUUGAAGCAAUGGCUUCAAAGGGGAAAGUUUCUAGAAGAUCUGAUAUUAAAACUAAAACAAAAGUUGAUAGUUUGACAGAGACGCAGAAAAGACUUCAGAAAAUUCUGAAAGAGAUGGAAGAACAAGAUCCAGCUCAAAUAGUAAAGUUGGGUGAUGCAAGUAUUGCUGCUCCGUUUACAUCCAAACUAUCUUCCAUUCAGUGCAUUUGCCACGUGAUUAAGCAAGGUAGAUGUACUCUAGUUACAACUCUUCAAAUGUUCAAGAUUUUGGCUCUAAAUGCCUUAAUUCUUGCCUAUUGUCAAAGUGUCUUGUACUUAGAUGGAAUCAAAUUUAGUGAUACACAAGCUACUCUACAAGGAUUGUUAUUAGCUGGUUGUUUUUUAUUUAUUUCAAGAUCUAAGCCUUUAAAGACCUUAUCAAAAGAACGUCCCCUUCCAAACAUAUUUAAUGUAUAUACUAUUUUGACAGUAUUAUUGCAGUUUGCCGUUCAUUUCAGUUGCUUAGUUUAUCUGGUUGAUGAAGCCACUGCAAGGUCGCCUCCAAAACCUGAGAAGUUUGCAGACUUAGAAGCAGAGUUUAAACCUUCAUUACUAAAUAGCACUGUAUAUAUCAUCUCAAUGUCCUUGCAGUUAGCCACAUUUGCCAUUAAUUAUAGGGGUCAUCCAUUCAUGGAAAGUCUUGUAGAGAACAAGCCUUUAAUGUACAGCACGCUUAUGUCUGGAACAGCAAUAUUAAUGCUUGUUACGGGGUUAUCUCCUGACUUUUCUGACAUGUUUUCCAUAGUGGAUUUUCCUCACGAGUUCCAGAAUAUUGUGCUGUUCACUUUAUUUGCAGACUUUUUCUUGUCUUUUCUUGUUGAUCGAGUUAGCUUAUUUCUUUUUGGAAGAGGGAAGCUGCGUGCACUUUGACCUGCCAUUUUAUGUUAGGCAUAUUAAAGUAAUUUAGUGUGAAUAUGUGAAAACAAUGUUCCGAAGCAGUUUUUGGAGUUGAAUGUGAAUGGGUUUGACUGAAUCUUAUUGACUGCAUGUCGGACAACUGUUCUUAAGGAAUUCUGUGCAAUUUCCACAUUCAUCUGUUCUGCAUUACUAUAUGUUUCAAUACUUGAAAGUCAUUCCAAAACUAUAACAUUUUUACAACUUGCGAUGCAACCAACACAAAUAUAUAAUUCUUGAUUUCUAAUUGUUAAGUUUUGAAAAAAUUUUACUACAAGCUUUGAACAAAAUGAGGAAAAAUAAUGCCUAGCAUCGCCAGUUAAAGCCUGAAAUAUUUUUAUGCCUCAAAUAGUGCAUUUUGGCGUUUUUUAUCUACAUAAUAAAUAACUUUAUUAAAUCUACUGCACUCUGCAUCAUUCUUAUAUACAGUGGCAUGAAAAUAAAUAAAUAUAUGGAUGGACAGUUUUAUGUUUUUCAACAAAAGUAAGGUGAUAAUAUACAUCAAGACAAACAAAGUUUGCAAUAAUACCUAGACUACAAUUUAGUUACAAGCCCGAGAGCAGAAUUUUUUUCAGCAAUCUGUGACGCAGUUUAAAACCCUCUUAAAUAGUCUGCAAGAUAAAUUGAUAUUAUAUUAAUCAUAUAGUGCAUAAAAAUAAGAUGUUAAACUUAAAAAACUACAAGCAUAUGUAAUCUGUGGAUUACAUCCCAGAACCCAGGAGAUACACUAGAAAUUGUUCUCUGAAAUUAAAAAUUUUUUUUUAAACAUUUGAGGGUUCCCUCCCCCCCUCUCCCCGCUAAGAAUUAGUCUGCAGCCUUUCUCAAGAAUCUGCAAUGUUUGUCGCAAUGUUGCACUGUUACUGGGGCACAGGCGAAAAAGCAUUUUAAAAGAUCCAUCAACAAUUAAAAAUAAAAGGCACUUCAUUAUGCAGUCGUCUAAUUUUGACUUUAACCAUUUUGACACUCAAGUCAACAGCUUCAAGAUGAGUUACAAAUUGUUAUUAUAUUGAAGUAGAGCCAUAAACUUGUUAAAAACCUAUCUUGCUUGCUACUUCGCAAUGAGCUGCUACAUUAUUAUGAUUUUCUUAAUAAUAGUUAAUCUUGUAUAAUGUGUGAGAGAAGCAAUGCUUUGUUGUAUCUACAGAAAAUCUUGGACAUUGAAAUUUAUAACCCCAAAUGUUAAAAAAAAAAAAAAAAAAAAAACUAGUACCAAUGAGUCUCAAGCCCAGUUUUUGUUUUAUGUUAGUUAAAAAUCUGUGAUAAUUCAUCAAAUGCUUACUAGUGACUUGUGGCCCUCGAAUGCUUUGCUUGAAGUCUUAAAACUGGUGUGGUGUUUCAUAGUAACACCGAUGAAUGAAUUGAACUUCAUUUCUGAGUGUUUGCUUCAAAUCAUUCGCAUUUGAUUCAUUUAUUUAUUUGGUGUUAAUAGGUUUAUACGGUGGGUUUCUUGAUUACAUUUGCACUGGAGCAGUAUAUCAAGUAUGGUUUGAGUAAAAUUUGUGCCCUGCAAAAAAUUGCUGACUCUCAGGGGCAGGCUUUAUGGAAUGCAAUUCUUAUUGCAAAUAUUGCAUCUUGAUUCCCUCCCCCCCCCCCCCAAAAAAAAGUUCUUUGGUUAUACUGUUUUGAAUAGGUGCCCGAAUUCUUCAUAGAAUGUUAGUGGAAUGUGCUAGCAUUAUCGCUAGUGCAGGAUGUAACUUUUUAAAAGAUAUCUCAAAAUCAAUGACCAUAAAAUGAAAAAUUCUUUUUUUCCCCCUUAAUAGUUUUCUUACAUAGAUCAAUCACAUCAUGAAUAUAGCAUAAUUUAUUAUAGUUGUUCAUGUGUUCCAAUUCAUUUUGAUAUUGUACGUGUAACUUGUUUAACUAAUGUCUCAACUGAAUCGAAUUGUUUUGAUGAUAAACAGUGCAUUGAAAAUGCUAAAUACAGUAAAACCUCUAAUGCAGACACUAACGGAACAAAUUUUUUUGUCCACAAUAGAGGGGUAUCCGCAAGACAGGGGUUUAAUAACGUUAUUUGCAUUGGAAUCGUGGAAAUUAAAAAAUUAGUUGGUAAUGUUCAUCUUAAAUUUUUUAUGUCAUACUUAUACAACAGUAACACUUAUUAUAAUAAUUUGUGUUAUAUACUUGUAACAUUUUAAUUUUGAACUGCUGUGAUUAUGAUUUUGUUACUUUUCCUACUUUCCAAGCUACUUCUUUUGUACUAAUGCAUUAAAAUUUGUUGAUAGCUUGCCUUUUUUACAAAAAAAAAGUUAGUUUCAGUAUGCUCAAAAAGAGUUUUGAAAAAGAAAUAAAUUUUUUAAAUGCUGAAUAUUUAGGAUAAACAAUUUUAAUGCAAUAUAAAGUUCACUAAUUAUAUUGAUGUAUUUUACUUUUUUUAAUCAUUUUAGUAUAUUUUGCUGUUUAAAUGUAAGUUGACUUCAAAAUCUGUUUUAAAUCUAAAAAGAACAGUCGAAUAAAAAACUUUUGCAUAAUUUGUUACGGUCACAGCUUUAUACUCUACAAAAUUUCACCUGAAUUUUGCAGUGUCACCAACAGCCCUUUUAAUUUCAACUUUUAUGGGUCUCGUUAUGUUGUGUCACUGAAAAAUGAUUUGAAAGGCCGAAAGACGAGAAAAAACUGAAAGCUUGCUGAGGUAUAACACAUUCUUCUUCCGCAAAAAUCUAUUUAUCUUAUUUAAACACUUGACAUAUUCACCCACACAGCAUUUCCAAUGUGUUUCAUUUUAAUAUGAUAUACUAUGCAAUGAACUUGCUCAAGGUGAUACACUAGAAUGGUGCUUUCAUUUUGUAGGUUGUGAAAAAAUAUACCAAAAAAAGUGUUUUAUAAAAGUUUUACUUAAAAAAUUUACUUGCUGCGCUGUCAAAAAAAAAAGUCUGGUUUAUUUCUGAUUUUGUUGCUGUAAUUAUUUUUUGUAGAGAAAUGUCUUUCUUAUUUGUUUUGUGAGUAUGUUUGUUGUUAUUUUUUCAUUGUUAGCAACAUACAAAACUUUUUAAUGAUAAAAUUAUAUUCAUAUCUUUAAAAAUAUCCUACCUAUUUUUUCAAACUAUGGCAUUUUAUUUGUGGUACAUUCAAAUUUUAUAGUUUAAAUUAUAUAGUGUAAUUUCUUUUAUAUAUACAUUUAAAGAAUGUUAUUGUAAAUAAACCAGGUUUUUGGUUUGUGGAGAAAAUAUAUUAAGUCCUUUUGAUUUUGGAAAGGUUUUCUUUCAAUUACUAUGAUCUUAUCUUUACUUAUACAUUCUGUGAGGGUAGAAUUUCUGGUUUGAAAUAUUUUGCAGAUGAAGGUCAAAACUUUAGUUCAUAAGAUUCAAAUUCAGGUUCUAUUUUUUCAGCGCUGGGGCAAAUCUUCAAACUGCCACCCUUACUCUUUCUACAAGUUUUUGUAUGGCGUUUCAACAGAAAAACAGUUUACCACCCCGGGCAAGGACCAGGGGGCUGAUCCAGCACAGAUUCAGAUUAAUUAUAAUUUUAAAAACUUUCAAAAAAAAAGUGUGGUGGGUUCCUCUUUAUAACGUAGUACUUAAUAUUAUCAUUUACAAUAGACGAUCAGUUUUAAGCUAUGUUAAAAAGUCAAUAUGUUUUAAACCUUUUUUAUUAGAUGUUUAUGUGUGCAUAUCCAUAGCUGCCAACUUGUACCAUUUAGCAGUACAUUGUAAGAUUUUCGGACCUUUUGCAUGAUUGUAUGGUCUUAUGGCAGAUUUGUAUGGUUUUUAGGUUUUGGUUUACGAUAAAUUGCGAACGGUUAAAGUUUUCUUUUAUUUCCAACACUUUUUAGAGCAGAAAAACUAUUGAUUUGAACAAGUUUUUGAUAGACAAUUUUUGAAAGCUGCAAAGUCAGCAACUUUUCAAAGUUUAAGUUCAAAGAAAUAAAAUUUUACUUAUUUAUAAAUGUUUUUUUUUUUUUUUUUGCUUAUUAAAGCACAGACUAAGUCAAGAUAAGGAUUUAAAAAUAUUAUAAUUCUUCAAAUUUUAAAACUUUUCUUUAUUACGGUCAAAAAAGGGUAGAAAUAUAGCCACCGCGCACAUUGUAAGAUUUUUUUAAGCUGGCACGUUGGCAGCCAUGCACAUACCUAUUUUAUCAUUUGGCAAAAUUUGAUGUUCCAUUCGGUGAAUUGAGGAUUUUUGUCCUUCCAAAAAUUCGAGUUUGGGGAGCCUAUGCUUGGAUGACUAUCUUGCUGCACAGUGGCUUUUUUUACUCAACUGCAGUCCAAGUUUUUAUUUCUGAAAAUUGCAAUUACUGAUACAAAAGUUAGUCUCUCUUGCUUGACAUGACUAAAGUGUCAUUUUUAUUUCUCCACCUAUACUCCAUAUGUGGUGUUAUAAUAGUCGUAUAAUAGAAAAACUCAAACUUCUCAUUGCUUGAACUUUUUGCGUGUGUGGUGAUAUAUUGGACUAGGUUUCGUGUAUUAUUUAUUAAAUCGCUACACCAAUAUUUUGCUCCUAUCUCCCACCAACAGGCAAACAAUUUUGAAGAUAGAUCACGAUAUUGCUAAUGCAUCACACUUUGGCAACAGAAGUAAUGCAACUCCAACAAAAAUAUAAAAGUAUUGGGCAAAAUUAAGGUUUUAUGCAAUGCUAUUUUUAAUUAAUUUGUUCUCAAAUACUACAUUUAUGAUUUGUUUACUGCUUGAUUUCUGUAGUCAAAAUUAAUAGUGUAUACUUGAAAGUUUUAAAAAUGUCUUUUUAAUUGUGAAAUAUUAAUGCGUCCUUUGUUACAUCGUUUGUGUCCCCCGACGCACCAGUAAAGUAUACUAAUUUUGCAAGUUCUGUGGCAAGAAAGAGCAUUAAACUUGGAUUUCAAAUGAAUAAUUAAUAUUUACAAUACCAUUAUUAAUAUUUUUUCAAUUUUUGAAGGCGUGUCGUUUCUGUUGCCGAGAAGCAUUAUAAAGAAUAGCAGACAAAUAAGCCACCACUGCUCCAUAAUGAUGUUUAUCUUUGAAUUUUACCUUUGGGAUGCGAGCCAAAAAUCAUAAAUUUCUUGUAGGAGAUGCUUGUACACUGCUUUGAUAAUGAUGGUUUUUAAAAAUAUUAAAGUAAUAUAACUCUUGUACUUCUUAAAACAGUAUUUAUUGACAUGGAUAAUACUUUGUUAUUCAUGAUAAUGUACAAUAUGAAAAUCAUUAAUAAAUAACUUUAUAAAUCAUUGUUUAUAAAACUUUUUUUCUCCACUUGCCUUUGUUUCAUGUGCCCAUGGCCCCACUCAAACCCUUCAGUCCUUGUAACGGCUGUAACACUCAAUGAAAACAAUGUAGACUACGAUUCUUAAGUGGCCACCGAUGGAGCCGAAAGCCAUUCAUUUCCAUGUCUUCAUUACCUGGAUGACGAUUGUUUAUACGUUAAACUAAAUUAUUGAGUUCUCACCCUAUUUGGUGAUGAAAUGAAGGCAUUUAUUUACAGCGCCAACAUAAUCCCUUUCUCUAGUGCUACUUAUCCUCGUCAUGAAAAACAAAAAUUUGUUUUCAAUACAAUGGGAUUGAAAUGAUUCUUGUCCGCAAGUUCGAACAGCUGCAACAAGAACGAGCAGAGCUACCUAGCCACACUUUGAGGAAAUAAUAUGACUGAUAUAAUCGUAUUUGGAUUACAAUAUCUUUGACGUGAAAAUUAACCUGGUAUCCUUCUCCAAUUAUCUCUAUCCAUCAAUUCAAAAGCACACGAGUUUGCUUUGUGAUCACUACCACUUUCAGAAAAAGCCCAUAAUCUCUGAGACUUUUCUUUGAAAUAAGAAUACAUAAUGAAAGUACAAUCGUAGUGAAUAGCGAAGGGGUGAAUUAUUAGCUGUUUCCAUUCUUUGGCUAAAAGAAACAAAUUUACUGAAUGGAAAACAUUUCUUUGAAACGCUGUAGUUAAUCUAUUUCAAAUGCAAAAUCUUGGUUUCCCUCCCUUUUUUAACUAAUCAGUAAUAUGAAAUAUGAUGCGCUUCAACAAACAAAUCUUUAAAAUGAUUUAGAGGG